AUGAGCGACGCAGAGAUGGAAGUGUUCGGGGUGGCUGCCCCCUACUUGCGCAAAAGCGAGCGGGAACGGAUUGCAGCCCAGAACUCGGCGUUUGAUGCUAAGGUGGCCGUCUUUGUGCCUGACCCCAAGCAAGAAUACGUCAAGGGGAAGAUCAAGAGCCAGAAUGGCAGCAAUGUCACCGUGGAGACGGAUUGCGGCAAGGUUGUUAUGGUGGAUCAGGACGACCUCCAACCUAUGAACCCACCAAAGUUUGACAAGAUAGAGGACAUGGCUCGUCUCACGCACCUCCACGAGCCAGCCGUGCUCUUCAACCUCAAGGAGCGAUACGCCGCCUGGAUGAUCUAUACAUAUUCUGGUCUUUUCUGUGUGACCAUCAACCCGUACAAGUGGUUGCCCGUCUAUAACCCCGAAGUGGUGGCAGCAUAUCGUGGCAGGAAGCGGCAAGAGGCGCCUCCGCACAUCUUCUCCAUCUCUGACAAUGCUUACCAGUACAUGCUCACAGAUCGAGAGAACCAAUCCAUCCUCAUUACUGGCGAGUCCGGUGCGGGUAAGACUGUCAACACCAAGCGAGUUAUCCAGUACUUUGCCACAAUUGGAUCGGUGGGAGACUCCAACAAGAAGGACCAACUUCAUGACAGAGUGCAGGGAACGCUGGAGGACCAAAUCAUCCAAGCUAACCCUCUGCUGGAAGCUUUUGGGAAUGCCAAGACUGUGAGGAACGACAACUCUUCUCGAUUUGGGAAAUUUAUUCGCAUUCACUUCGGAACGAAGGGCAAGUUGGGAUCGGCUGAUAUCGAAACAUAUCUUUUGGAGAAAUCCAGGGUGACCUUCCAGCUGCCGGCUGAGAGGAGCUACCACAUCUUUUACCAGAUCAUGUCCAACAAGAAGCCUGAUCUAAUUGACAUGCUAUUGAUCACAUCUAAUCCUUUCGACUACCCCUUCAUCAGCCAGGGCGAAAUCAGUGUCCUGAGCAUCAACGAUGCAGAUGAGCUGGUGGCCACAGAUAGUGCCAUCGACAUCCUGGGCUUCAACAUGGAGGAGAAGCUUGGCAUCUACAAGCUGACCGGCGCUGUGAUGCACAGUGGGAACAUGAAGUUUAAGCUGAAGCAGCGUGAAGAACAAGCUGAACCUGACGGCACCGAAGUGGCUGACAAAGUUGCCUACCUCAUGGGGCUGAACUCCGCCGACCUACUCAAGGCACUGUGUAAUCCCAGAGUGAAGGUUGGCAAUGAGUUUGUCACGAAAGGCCAGACACCUCAACAGGUAAACAACGCCGUGGGCGCCGUGUCCAAGGCCGUGUAUGAGAAGCUCUUCUUGUGGAUGGUCACCAGGAUCAACCAGCAGCUUGACACUAAACUCCCAAGGCAACAUUUUAUUGGCGUGUUGGAUAUUGCAGGGUUUGAAAUUUUUGAGAUGAACAGUUUGGAGCAGCUGUGCAUCAACUUCACCAAUGAGAAGCUGCAGCAGUUCUUCAACCACCACAUGUUUGUGCUCGAGCAAGAAGAGUACAAGAAGGAAGGUAUCGACUGGGAAUUCAUCGACUUUGGCAUGGACCUGGCACCCUGCAUUGAGCUCAUUGAGAAGCCAUUGGGCAUUUUCUCCAUUCUGGAGGAGGAGUGCAUGUUUCCAAUGGCCACAGACAUGACCUUAAAGAACAAACUUUAUGACCAACACCAUAGCAAGAGCAGCAUUUUCCAGAAGCCCAAACCUUCCAAAGAAAAGUCUGAGGCUCACUUCUCAUUGAUGCACUAUGCUGGCACCGUGGACUACAAUCUCAUUGGCUGGCUGGAGAAGAAUAAGGAUCCGCUCAAUGACACAGUGGUUCAGCUGUACCAAAAAUCAUCUGUCAAGCUGCUCUCUCAUCUCUUUGCAACGUAUGCCUCAGCAGAUGGUCAGUUAUUUGACAAUAAAUCAUUCCAACAAAAACAGAAAAAGGCUUCAUCUUUCCAGACGGUCUCUGCACUUUUCAAGGAGAACCUCAACAAGCUGAUGGCCAACCUCAGAUCCACACAUCCACACUUUGUGAGAUGCAUUAUCCCCAAUGAGACCAAGAUUCCAGGGGUGAUGGAUCACCGUCUGGUUUUGCAUCAGCUUCGCUGUAACGGUGUACUGGAAGGAAUCAGGAUCUGCCGGAAGGGAUUUCCCAGCAGGAUCCUCUAUGGAGACUUCAGACAGAGGUACAGGAUUCUGAAUGCCAGCGCCAUCCCCGAGGGACAGUUCAUGGACAGCAAGAAGGCUUCCGAGAAACUGCUCUCCUCCAUUGAUGUGGAUCAUGCCCAGUACAAAUUUGGAAACACAAAGGUCUUCUUCAAAGCUGGCCUUCUGGGUCUUCUUGAGGAGAUGAGGGAUGAGCGUCUGGCGGUGUUGAUGACUCGCAUCCAGGCUGUAGCAAGAGGUUACGUCACCAGGCUGAAGCUCAAAGAGAUGGCAAAGAAAAGAGAAUCUAUUUUCAUCAUCCAGUACAACAUCCGCUCAUUCAUGAAUGUGAAGAACUGGCCUUGGAUGAGACUCUUUUUCAAGAUCAAGCCUCUGCUGCGGUGCGCUGAGGCUGAAAAAGAGAUGCAGAGCAUGAAAGAGGAGGUGUCGCGCCUCAAAAAGGAGCUGGCUAGAUCGAAGGCUGGUAGGAAAGAGCUGGAGGAGAAAACCGUGGGGCUCGUCCAGGAGAAGAAUGACCUUCACCUUCAAAUCCAAGCAGAACGAGAGAACCUGUGUGAUGCUGAAGAGCGGUGUGAAGGUCUGAUCAAGAGCAAGAUUCACCUGGAGGCCAAAGUCAAGGAAUUCUCAGAGCGGUUGGAAGAGGAAGAGGAAAUUAAUGCAGACAUUACGGUAAAGAGGCGAAAGCUUGAAGACGAAACCUGUGAGCUCAAACGCGACAUCGAUGAUCUGGAGCUGAUUAUCACCAAAGUAGAGAAGGAGAAACAUAGUUCAGAAAACAAGGUCAAGAGGUUGAUGGAGGAGGUAGCCACACUGGAGGACAAAGUUUUGAACUCCUCUAAGGAGUACAAAGCCUUGCAGGAUGUUCACCAGCAGAUGUGUGAUGACCUCCAGGCCGAGGAGGAUAAAGUCAACGUUCUGAUAAAGACAAGGAUAAAGCUGGAACAACAGAUCGACGAUCUGGAAGGCGCCCGGGAGCAGGAGAAGAAAGUUCGAGUUGACCUGGAGAGAUCCAGAAGAAAGCUGGAGGGAGACCUGAAGCUGAGUCAAGAGAAUGUCACGGACUUAGAGAAUGAGAGGCAACAGAUGGAGUACAAAAUUAAUAAAAAAGAUUUGGAAAUCCACAACCUGCAGUACAAAAUUGAGGAUGGGCAAGCGUUCACUACUCAGCUGCAAAAGCAGAUAAAAGAACUUCAGGCUCGCAUAGAGGAGCUGGAGGAAGAAACAGAGUCAGAACGCUCCACCAGAGCCAAACUAGAGAAGCAAAGGUCGGAUCUCUGCAGGGAGCUGGAGGAGAUCAGCGAGAGGCUGGAGGAAGCUGGAGGAGCGACCAACGCUCAGGUGGAGAUGAACAAAAAACGCGAGGCAGAAUUCCAGAGGUUGCGGCGUGAGGUGGAGGACGGCUCACUCCAUCACGAAGCCGUCACUGCGGCUCUGCGCAAGAAGCAGGCCGACGGCGUCGCACAACUCGGAGAGCAGAUCGACAAUCUGCAGAGAAUUAGGCAAAAGCUGGAGAAAGAAAAAAGUGAACUAAAGAUGGAGAUGGAGGACAUGGCGAGUCACAUGGAGAAUGUUGUUAAGAGCAAGUCCAACAUGGAGAAGGCCUUUCACAGCCUGGAAGAACAGUCCAAUGAGUACAAGACCAAAGCAGACGAAGCCCAGAGAGCACUCAGCGACUAUGCAACCAUGAACGCACGACUCCACACAGAGAAUGGGGAACUUUCACGUCUGUUAGAGGAGAAGGAAGCUGCAAUUAACCAGAUGAAAAGAAGCAAAGCAGCUAGCAGUCAAGAGAUCCAACAACUCAAGUGGCUUCUGGAUGAAGAAAUUAAGGCCAAAAACGCCCUGGCACAUAGUUGUCAGUUUUCCCGUCAUGACUGGGAGCUUCUGAGGGAACAAUAUGAUGAAGAGCAAGAGACCAAAGCUGAGCUGCAGCGCUGCCUCUCCAAGGCCAACAGUGAUGUGGCCCAGUGGAGGAACAAAUACGAGACAGAUGCCAUCCAGCGGACUGAGGAAUUGGAGGAAGCCAAGAAGAGGCUUGCUCAGCGGCUCCAGGAAUCCGAGGAGUCGAUAGAGAUGGCUAAUGCAAAGACUGCCUCCCUGGAGAACACCAAACAGAGGCUGCAGGCUGAGGUGGAGGACCUCAUGGUGGAGCUAGAAAGAGCAAAUGCAGCCAAUGCUACCUUGGAUAGGAAACAGAGAAACUUUGACAAGGUCCUGUCUGACUGGAAGCAAAAGUGUGAGGAGAGUCAGUUGGAUCUGGAGGCAUCUCAGAAAGAAUCCAGAGCUCUGAGCACUGAAGUCUUUAAACUGAAGAACUCAUACGAGGAAGCUUUGGAACACCUGGACUCCAUGAAGAGAGAAAAUAAAACCCUUCAGCAGGAGAUCUUUGACACCAGCGAGAACAUCGGACAGUCGACUAAACUAAUACACGAGCUGGAGAAACUCACAAAGCAAGCCGAGAAGGACAAGAAAGACACUCAGACUGCACUUGAAGAGGUUGAGUCGUCACUUGAACACGAAGAGGCCAAAAUCCUUCACCUUCAACUGGAGCUGACCCAGAUAAAAUCAGAGGUGGCGAGAAAGGUGGCUGAGAAAGACGAAGAGAUAGACCAGCUGAAAAGGAACCACCAGAGAACCACUGACACCCUGCAGAACACACUUGAAGCCGAGAUGCGCAGCCGGAACGAGGCCGUCCGUGUGAAGAAGAAGAUGGAAGGGGACUUAAAUGAGAUGGAGAUCCAGCUAAGCCACGCCAAUCGACAAGCUUCUGAGGCCAUAAAGCAAAUGAGGAACCUGCAAACCCAGUUAAAGGACACGCAAGUCCAUCUACAUGAAGCUCUCCACAGUCAGGAGGACACCAAGGAGCAACUGGCCAUCACAGAACGCCGGAACAAUCUGAUGAUGACUGAAGUUGAGGAUCUAAGGGCGUCUCUGGAGCAGGCGGAGCGAAGUCGCAAACUGGCUGAGCAGGAACUGAUGGAGAGCAGCGAAAGGACUCAGCUGCUCCAUUCGCAGAACACGGGCCUGCUAAACUCUAAAAGGAAGAUGGAGAGCGAGUUGGCUCAGUUGCAGGUAGAGAUGAAGGAUACAGUCCAGGAGGCGAAGAACACUGACGAGAAGGCUAAGAAAGCUAUGACAGAAGCCGCCAUGAUGGCCAAGGAGCUGAAGAAGGAGCAGGACACCAGCACUCACCUGGAGAGGAUGAAGAAAAACCUGGAGGUGACAGUCAAGGACCUGCAGCAGCGUCUGGACGAGGCAGAGAGCCUCGCCAUGAAGGGUGGAAAGAAAGAACUCCAGAAGAUGGAAAACCGGGUGCGUGAGCUGGAAAAUGAAUUGGAGGCGGAGCAGAAACGUGGCGUUGAUGCUGUGAAAGGAGUCCGCAAAUGCGAGCGAAAAAUUAAGGAGCUUACUUUUCAGGGAGAGGAGGAGAAGAAGAACGUGGCCAGACUUCAGAAUCUGGUCGAGAACCUACAGCUGAAAGUCAAAACGUACAAGUGCCAGAGUGAGGCGGCGGAGGAACAAACCAACGUUCACCACGCCAAGUUCCGGAAGGUUCAGCACGAGCUGGAGGCUGCUGAGGAACGAGCAGACAUUGCGGAAUCGCAGCUAAAUAAACUACGAUCCAAGAGCCGUGACAUACUCGGGAAAGUGGAGUAGGAUGAGGCCUGAUGUAUUACUUCCCCCGAGUACAAGUCAUACAAUGCAACUGUAGUGUAAUACAGUAGCAAGUUUUUCAAAAUACAAGCAGUUGCUUGAUGUUUUUUUUUUUCGUUGGUGUUGUGAGCCAAAAUAGAAGCAACCAGCAACCUUCAGAUAUGCCACUGCUUGAGUGAAUUGCAAAAAAAAAAAUGGAGCACUCAAGGUACUGCAAUGCCGUCGCAUGUGGGCACGGAAAGCCAUGUCCUGUCGUUUAUUGAAUGCUACAACUAAUCAAACACAAACAAAAAAUAAGAGCACUUGCACAGAAGCUUUUGUAGGCCAUAACUCACACCCAUUUAACUAAGACUAAUUUGUGCAUCAAUCAAAGCUGAAUGCAGCUCUGCUUACCUUUUGACUUGUUUUUCCCACAGCAAAAUCUG